GGUAAUCAGAAGGUGGACGAGAGAAACUGUGGUGGUGGGGGAAGUGAAGGGAGAGAGUGGGAGAUUUCACGAAUGGCUACGGCAGCUCGUUGCUGUUGCUAUUGUAAUGCACCAAGAACAGGGCACUCACGGGUCUUGGACCUUGCUACUGCUGAGACAAAGACGCCACGCCCGAUAGCAGGUGGCCAACUCACUGAUGGAUGUUCAAGUUGGAAAGGCAACUCUCGAUGACUCCAAAGCCCUAUAUGCUAUUCAUGUUGCUUCCGUCGGUUGUCGUGAAUGUCGGUCAAUGUACACUGUUGAGUAUCUUGAAGCUAAAUUGAGCUCCCUCAAUGCCGAAAUGUAUGAGAUACCAAUACUAAACGGUGAAGUGUUAAUGGCUCUCAAAGGGAAAACUAUAGUUGGCUUCGGUCGUAUCUCAGUUGAGACUGAGAAUCUCUGUCAGCUGCAUUGGCUCUUUGUACAUCCAACCUACUUUAAAACGGGAGUAGGAACAAAACUAUUAUACGAGAUGGAGAAAAUUGCGAGGUUGGCUAAGUGCACAUCAAUUAGUGUCAAAUCAUCCCUAAACGCUUUUACUUUUUACAAGAAAAGA